AUGGGUAAUGGAAUGAACAAGGUUAUGCCGGGAUUGUACGUUGGCAAUUACCGGGACUCGAAAGACUAUCAGCAGUUAGAUCGUUUUCAAAUCACGCACAUCGUCUCAAUACAUGAUAGCCCGCGGCGAUUUCAUCCGGACAAACACUACCUCUGUGUGAUGGCCGCCGACACGCCGGACCAAAACCUGUCGCAGUACUUCUCGGUGUGCAACGAUUUCAUUCACGCCGCCCGGCUCAAGGAUGGCAACGUGCUGAUCCACUGUCUGGCCGGCAUGUCCCGCUCGGUCACGGUGGCCGUUGCCUACAUCAUGUCCGUGACGCCGCUCAGCUGGAAGGAGGCCCUGAAGGUGGUGCGCGCUGGUCGCGCCAUUGCCAACCCGAACCUCGGCUUCCAGAACCAGCUGCAGGAGUUCGAAACAAGCAAAUUGUUGGAGGAACGAAAGCGCCUCAAAGAACGCUUUCCUAGCUUAGCUUUGGAAGAAAAUGAUAGACAGCAAUGUUUUGUAGCUUUAGACAAUUUCGAAAUUUUGCUAGAAAAUAAAGGUGUUUGUGAAGGCCAGUGCAAGUUUGGUAAAGACUGUCCUACAGGAAUCUGCCGGUCGGAGUCGCGCGGUCUCCGCCGGAAGGCAAGCCCACCGUCGCCGAAAAAGCAAUACAACCUGUCAUCGUCGCCGUCGACGUCGUCGCAGCUGUCGGUGCGGGGUUCCACGGCGCCCCAGUCCUGCCCGACGUCUCCACGUUUCUCGAAAGCCGCCGCUGGACAGAAUAGUCCCAGUAAUCCUCGCUCGGCAGGAGACUAUGCGGCCGAAAUCGAUAUCGGUGAGUUGGGCGAACUGCGGCGCAGUUCCAGCAUCGUCAGUACGUUCCGACCGCGGAGUAGUCCGGCGGGUUUGUACUCGUACACGGGCUCGGCACCACCCUCCAUCCACGGUUCCCGAGUCGAUUUGGCAGGUAAUGCCAAAAACACCGGCUCGGCCAUUUAUCUCGGGACCAGCAGUCCCUCUGGAGCAGCUUCUCCAGGUGUAAGCCGUCGCGUUAGUCUAAGAUCAACACCAAAAUCUACACCAAAGUCUACACCGAAGUCCACGCCGGACUCAUCACCAAAGCCUUCGCCGAAACGGACCGUUUCGGUGAAAGCACCAUCCAAGCCGCCAGCGGCUAACACUAAUACCGGUAGUACUGUUAAACUUGACUGCAUCGACACUAGCCCCAGUCCCAGUAGUAGCGCUUCUCCAGCCAAGAAAAGUGGCAGCUCAAAAAGUACUACUACAACCGCCACAACAAAGCCAACCGUCACAUCCGUAAGUUCUUCUGUCAGUAGUAGCAGCACUGAUGCUAUUGCAAACACCAAUAGCACAACAACUAGCAGCAGCAACAGCACCAAACCAACUGUCAAAACAUCCUCAUCGAAGCAAUCGUCGGCUUUGGUAGAGAAAACCAACACCGCAAAAAGUAGCAAAAAAUGA